AUGGCUCGCUCUGAGUUUUGUCAGCUGCAUGUCGAGGGCGGUGGCACAUUGCUGGCCGUUGCGAGCUCCUCCGCCCCCCCCAGCGCACGCGACCCGCCAGAGGUGGCCGCGGUCAUGGCGAGCGCUGGGGUCGUCGAGCCCGCCUCGCUGGCGCAGACGACGGCCGAGCUCGUCGCGUUCAGCGUGGAGGUGGCCAGGCGGACAGCCGAAAAUUACAGCAGCAUGCUCCAGGACGUGCUCAGGGGCCGGCGCACCGAGGUGGAGUCCAUGAACGGCUACGUGGCGGCCCGGGCGGCCGAGCUCGGCGUGCCCGUGCCUGCCACCAGGCAACUGCUCGGCCUCGUCCGCCUCCUCGAGCGACACGGGGUUCCAGCGACCGGCGGCGCCUCGCCGCCCGCCGCUGACCAGCGCUGUGGCACCGCUGGCGCCGGC